AUGACAACGCAGCAUGAACAGCAGCAGCAAGAGGAGGAGCAGGAAAUCGAUCUUGUCCAGCCUGUUUACUUGGCCGCAUCGCCACCUAGCUCAGCCAGCUCACCAGCGCAUUCUCGGAAGGGAGCUGAACAGGCUACAGAUGAUGUGGCAUUGUCGGCUUCGGACCCCUACGCAAAAACGAUUGCUCAGCCAGACCCGGCGGUGUUGAGCAACACUCUGGGAUUGGAUCUCACGACCCAUGCAGAGUACAUCGGCUUGACGGACCUCCGACUCCCAGCUGCUGGUACAGCUCCAUCUAAAGCGUCCAAGAAACGCCGUCUGGACGACAGAACUGUGUUCCUUGUCCACGCAGAUGAGGUAUCCGCCUCAGAAGCACAGCGCAUCGCAGAUGUUGACGCCAUCGAGGCGAUUGCUCGGCCGUGGGGAUCAACACUCGUCGAUUUGUACUUUCGAAUCGUCCACCCUAGUUUUCCCAUCUUGCAUAAAGAUGUAUUCAUCACAAAAUACCGCGCUUCACAUCAUCACUUUGCCCCUUCUCUAUUGGCAGCCGUCUAUCUGAUCGCACUGGAUUGGCAACUGUACGAUUCUUGCCUUGCUAGCGAGGAAAAUUCCCUGCCCGAUGCCAAAGCACUCGAGGAACUGGCAAUGAGAACUAUUGCAAAUGACAUGCGUCGACCCAAGCUGAGCACUCUCGAGGCUGGGCUUCUGCUCCUCCAUCGCAGUCGCCGUGCUGCACAGAGUGGCCUCGCGCAUAUCUUUGCGACCAAUCGUAUGCUGACUGCUCAAUUGGUCGCCGUAGCGCAAGACCUUGGCAUUCACCUUGACUGUAGCUCUUGGUCGAUUCCUAGGUGGGAAAUAGGACUGCGCCGACGCUUGGCCUGGGCGCUUUAUACACAGGAUCGUUGGGGUUCGUACAUCGACGGACGGCCGUUUCUCAUCCAUCAAUCCGACUGGGCCGUUGUAUCGUGUACGGAUUCUGACUAUCCGGAGCUGCAUCCCGGAGUCAAUGGACAGCAGCAUACCGCGAUUUCUGUCGGCUGGGAAGUGUUUCUUCGACAGGCAGAACUAGCCCAGAUGCUGAGCGAGAUUUCGGUAACCUUCUACAGCGCUGCUGCGUGGAGGCGUGGAGGCACUCUUGAGCAGAUGAGCAUCGUGGAAAUGGUAGCAUUGGCCAAGCCAAUGGGUCUGAAGAUCCGCGAGUGGUACGCUGCGCUGCCGCAGCAUCUCUUGCUUGAUAACACCAGCACCACGCGCGAGCUCUGUGCCGUUGGUGCUCUCCACCUGGCUUACGUUGCGGUCGAAAUUGCCCUUUACCGCGCGCUGGUCCGCUCUAUGACGCCCGAUAUGCCGCAAUCACUACGCAAUGUGCUUGUUCAAACUGGCAAAGCCAAAGUGCAAGCGGGCAUCGACUUCCUGUGCGCCUUACGACCAGAGCACACAGCUUCUUUCUGGGGAAGCGCAGCCGCAUACCAGGUGGCAGAAAUUGGGGCGCUUAUUAAUCUUCUUGGAUCAAGACCCGGUGUGGAUGAAGAAGACAAGACGUGGUGUACUGCAAGAAUAGAGGAGCUGCAGUGGGAGCUACGGGUGAGAGGCAGUGCAGCUUCGUUUGCAAGGGAUGGGCUGCGACUGCUGGGGCGCGAUGUAUUGGGCUUACUGAAGCCAUAG